GUCUCAGGCCCCAGGGCCCAGCUGAGACGGGGUGGAGGGGGCCUGUGGGAGAUUCACAGAGCAGGGUGAAGAGGGACAGCUGUUCUCCGCUGUUCUCUCUGCCCACCACACUGUCACUACCCCUUUGACCUCGGGGGCACAGGUUGCCACCCUGGCCUGCACUCAGGGACAUGCUGGUGGGUCUGGCUUCGCCACCCUCCUAGGUGGUCUGGGGAGUGAGUCUGCCUUCCCACCCGUACGGAGGGCUCCAUGGGGCACCCCCUGCGUGAGGCUUGUGGGAGGAUUGGUGGGCCCCGGAGGCUGGACUGCAGAUGCCUCUGCACCCACCUGUGUCCCAUCAGCCAUUUACCCCCCUUAAUCAGGUUGAUGAACACUUCCUGUGUGCCAGGCACUGGGGCCCGCCCUCUGCACAUUCCCAGACCUCAGAACCUGAGUGUGGGGGCUUCCUGGAGGAGGGGUCCCAGGCACAGGGGGCAGGUGUGCAGAGCCCCGGGAGAUGUUUACCUUCGGGGGUUGUGGAUGUGCACCAGGACCCUGGGACGCCGCAGAGCGUGCGCCUGCAUUUCGGCAGCCCCCGGAGGCCCCGCCCAGAAGACGCCAGCGCUGCGCUGCGCUCACUCACGCCUGGAGCAGAGGAGAGGGGAGGGGUCGGGCUGCCCGGGGCCAGCGUCCUGGUUCCCUCAGAGACAUGGAGGCCAGAGAAGAGGCCCAGGCCGCGGACACCAGCCUCCCGGAGCAGGAGGCCACGGCACUGGAGCCCCAGCCCCCGAGCUCUUCCAGCCCAGAUGCUACUCCUCCACCCCCACCGCUACCACCACCCCCCACGUCCCCAGGAGGCUCCGAGGAGACGGAGGAUCCGGAACCAGAGACGAGGCUGGAGAAGGAGGAGGCCAGCAGCCCCUGGAGCGGGCCAGAUGAGCUGGAGCUGCUGCUGCAGGACGGACAGAGGUGCGUGCGGGCUCGGUGCAGCCUCGCCGAGGGCCUGUCCUGGGGCCCAUUCCGCGGGAGCAUCCAGACCAGAACCUCGUCCCCCGGGCAGGCGGAACCGAGCCCGGCCCUGACCCUGCUGCUGGAGGACGAGGCCUGCUGGCUGAGGACGCUGCCCCGGGCCCUGACCGAGGCCGAAGCCAACUCGGAGAUCUACAGGAAGGAUGGCGCCCUCUGGUGCAGGCUCACCAGGCCGGUGGCCGCGGGCGGGCGGCUCAGCGUGCUCCUCGCGGCCGAGCCCCACAGCGCCCCCCGCCAGCCUGCGAAGGAGGAGCCCGCGGAGCCCGAGGGCCUGGCCGCCUCCCCCGCCGCCGACAUCCAGCUCCUGCCCCAGCAGGCGGGCAUGGCGUCCAUCCUCGCGACUGCAGUUGUCAACAAAGACGUCUUUCCCUGCAAGGACUGCGGCAUCUGGUACCGCAGCGAGCGGAACCUACAAGCCCACCUCCUCUACUACUGCGCCAGCCGCCAGGGCACCAGCUCCCCCGCCGUGGCCGCCCCCGACGAGAAGCCCAAGGAGACCUACCCCAACGAGCGGGUCUGCCCCUUCCCCCAGUGCCGCAAAAGCUGCCCCAGCGCCAGCUCCCUGGAGAUCCACAUGCGCAGCCACAGCGGAGAGCGCCCCUUCGUGUGUCUCAUCUGCCUGUCUGCCUUCACCACCAAGGCCAACUGCGAGCGGCACCUCAAGGUGCACACAGACACGCUGACGGGUGUCUGCCACAGCUGCGGCUUCAUCUCCACCACAAGGGACAUCCUCUACAGCCACCUGGUGACCAACCACAUGGUCUGCCAGCCGGGCUCUAAGGUUGAGAUCUACUCACCAGGGGCUGGGCACCCCACUGCCAAGCUCCCCGCAGGUCUGGCCCAGGCAGGUCCUGCUCCAGCCCUUAAGUGUGGCCCCUGCGAUCUCCCCGCAGACAGUCUGGCCGGCUUCCAGCAGCACACGGCGCUGCACGGCCCUCUGGCCUCUGCAGACCUGGGCCUGGUGCCCGCCCCAUCACCGGGACUGGAGAGGAAGGCCCUGGCAGAGGCCACCAACGGAGAGACCGGAGCGGGCCCCCAGAACGGGGGCGGCGGCGAGCCCCCGGCGACCCCCAGGAGCAUCAAGGUGGAGGCGGCGGAGGAGCCCGAGGCGGAGCCAGGGCCCCCGGCCCUGUCGCGGACGCCGUCACCGCCCAGCGCCGGCCCCAGCCCCGUGCGCGUGAAGGCGGAGCUCUCCAGCCCCACACCCGGCUCCAGCCCAGGGCCCGGCGCGCUCUUCCUGCCGCAGCUGCCCGCGGCGCCGCCGGCCUCCGAGAUCUUGGCCAAGAUGUCCGAGCUGGUGCACAGCCGGUUGCAGGCGGGCGCGGGGGUGGCCGCGCCGGCUGGCCUCUUCACGGGGGCCCCCAAGGGCGCCACGUGCUUCGACUGCGACAUCACCUUCAACAACGUCAACAACUUCUAUGUGCACAAGCGCCUCUACUGCUCCGGCCGCCGCCCGCCCGACGACACGCCCCCCACCCGCCGGCCCAAGGCGGCCCCCGCCCCGCCGCGCGCGCCCCCCGCCCCGCCGCCCGCCGAGGCCGACGAGCCGCGCUCGCCGCCGGGCCCCGGGGCGCGCGAGGACGAGGCGGGGGGCGCGGCUACGCCCGAGGCCGAGGCCGAGGCGGGCGGCCGGGGCAGCGAAGGCAGCCCCAGCCCGGGCAGCGGGGCAGACGAGGACGACGACCCCCGCCGGACGCUGUGCGAGGCCUGCAACAUCCGCUUCAGCCGCCACGAGACCUAUACGGUGCACAAGCGGUACUACUGCGCCUCUCGCCACGACCCGCCGCCGCGCCGGCCCCCGCCCGCCGGGACCUCCGGGACCCCCGCGCCCGCUGCGCCGCCCGUGCGCACGCGCAGGCGCCGCAAGCUCUACGAGCUGCACGUGGCCGGACCCACCCCACCCCCGGUCGGACCUGCGCAGCCCGUCGCGCCAGGCCACGCCCCCACGCCGCCUGCGUCGCCGGCGCCGCGGCCCGGAAGCGGAAAUGGAGGCGGAAGCGGCCCAGACCUGGCGGAAGGCCCUAUCGAUCUGAGCAAAAAGCCGCGGCGCCAGGCUCCCGCCGCCGCCCCUGGCCCUGCGCCUGGCCUACCGGCCCUUGCCGACUACCACGAGUGCACAGCCUGCCGCGUGAGCUUCCAUAGCCUCGAGGCGUACCUGGCGCACAAGAAGUUCUCGUGCCCCUCCGCCCCGCGCCGCCUGCGCGCCGCCCCCGAGGACCCGCCCGCCGUUGUCUGCCCCUACUGCCCCCCGAACGGCGUGGUGCGCGGCGACCUCAUCGAGCACUUCCGCCUGGCGCACGGCCUGCUGCUGGGCAAGCCCCCGGCCAGCUCCGGCCCUGGCGCCGAGGCCCGGACGCCUUCGCCCGCCGCCCCCCGCGACGGCCUCAACGGCCAGGACCCCUGGGAGCCGCCCGCCGGCAGCCCCCGGCCCGGCCCGCCCCCGGCCACGUCCCCUGAGGCCGUGCCGGCGCCCCCCUCCCACUCGGACAAGGGCGUGCAGACCCCCAGCCAGGGGACGCCGGCCUCCAUGCCCAACGGCAACCACAGGUACUGCCGCCUGUGCAACAUCAGGUUCAGCAGCCUGUCCACGUUCAUCGCCCACAAGAAGUAUUACUGCUCCUCGCACGCGGCCGAGCACGUGAAGUGAGCGUCCGGCGCUGCUGCCCUGCAGGGGGACCCGGGACGCUCCGGGCACAGACCUCGUCAGAGAGGCUGCAGGGGGCAGCGCCCGCCUGGACCUUGGCACUUAAUAAAGAAGUUCAGUUUGCUGAGCACGGUGGUGGAGCAGUCUAGUUCUCUGAGCAGCGGGGCCCUGCGGGGAGGGCACAGGCAGGGCCAGCACCACCUGUGAGUACACACAGGACACUGCAGGCCGGAGUCACACACUGGCCCUA